AUACAGAGCCCUAGUCCACCACCAUGUAGUUUUCGGAUCAUAGUGGCGCCUUUAAAAGUGAUAACCUCCUAGUAUUUUGACAAGCGUCGGUGUUUCUCCUUGCUAAGAGGAGUUCUAAUAUAAAAGAUAUAUUGAUAGAUAGACAUGGCCCAGAAUCAAAUUUUAUCCCGCAUUUCCAGGCCUGUGGUAUUUCUUGUGUCAGUGGUUCUUCUCUCACAAACCCAACAAAUAUCUGCCAUCAAAUGUUGGGUGUGUCGGUCGGAUUUGGACCCAAACUGUGCAGAUCCAUUCGACAACCGUACUCAAGUCAUCAGUGAUUGCAAUCAAGAGAAACAUGAGGAUAUUUUGACCGGAACUGAGACUGUUAUGUGUCGUAAAUCGGGACAAAAAGCCAAUGGAACAUGGAUAGUUAUGCGAUCUUGUGCUUGGUUGAAUGAACCCGGAUUGCUCCUUGAUGAGAGCAAUUGUUUUGCCGGAUCAAGAACUGACAACGUGAAUAUCUUAGAUUGUCUUUGCAGUUCAAGGGAUGGCUGCAAUGGAUCUGGGAUAUCACAAUCCUUUCUUCUCCUGAUUGCCUUCUCUUCGACCAUUUCUCUGUUGUUUUUCAAUCUGAUCAAAUCUUAAGCUUCUGAUUUUUUACCUCAACAAACUCAUCUAUUACGACCGUUAUCCCAAUAGUUCAAUAAACGUAUACUUUUGUUAA